AUCCAAGUUUCGUCCUUAGAAUGCCGAAUUUUAAACUAUGGACAUAAGUUCAUACCAACUCCUACCUCAAAACAACGCAUGGACAUCACUAUACCGGAAAACCCCACAAUGGCCCGAUCUUUGGAUGACUUAGAACGCCGCUAUAAUUUACUGUUUAAAUUUGGCGGAGGCGGUCGUUCAAAAGUCGUCAGGAUCCCAAACCCAAACUACCAACCACCACCCGUCCCAACAACAAAAGCCUUUAUAAACUCCCUUAAAACUAAAAUAUCUUCUAACUAUAUCCCUACGCCACACUAUAACCUAACUAUAAGGGAGAAAAAAGCCCUUCAUAAGUUAGCUAAUAACAAAAACAUAGUGAUAACUUUGACGGAUAAAAACUUAGGACUAGCAAUUACACCCUAUAACGAAUAUAUUGCUGCUAUGGAAAAUCUACUAAACACAGAAGAUUAUGAAGUUGUAAAUCAAACAGAGGAGGAAUGUAUAAACAUUAUGCAAUCACAAAUCUUUAAUCUAACAAUGACUAUGGAUGAAAAACAUAAUAACUACUUCCUUCCGGAAGAAACACAACUUCCCUUUUUCCAUAUACUUCCUAAAGUUCACAAAAACCCGUUAAAAUGGCGACCCAUUGUAGGAAUGCACUCAUCACCUACAAAACGAAUAUCUGUUUUUCUAGCACAAAUUCUAAAAAAUUGGAUGGAGGAAUUAGAAAAAUUAGACCCAGAAAAUUGGACACCACUACGAGAUAACUUUCAACUUAUUUUUCAACUUGAGAAAAAUAAUAAUAAAUUUGAAAAAGUCAUAACUGGUGACUUCGAAUCAUUAUAUACAAAGUUUUCUCACCAAGAAAUUCUGGAGUCUAUUGAAUAUAUAAACAAUAAUAUCCUCAAAAUUCCAAUUCACUAUGGCUUAAAUUUCUCCAAAUAUAAAUAUAUGAUCAAUACGGUCAUAAGCUUUAACUACUUUAAAGCCUUAGGAAAAAUUUACAGACAGAAAAACGGAAUAGCAAUGGGUACAAAUGCUGCAGUUCAAAUAGCACAACUAACAUGCUAUGCUCAUGAACAUAAAGCAAUCAAAAAAGGAAUAUUUGAAAAUAUAUUCUUUAGAAGAUAUAUUGAUGAUAUUAUUAUUUUGGGAAAUAAUAUAAAUGAAAGGCAAAUAGAGAAAAUUUAUCCGAACCAUCACAAAAUAAACUGGCAACACUUGGAUAACGAUACUAAAGCAAACUUUUUAGAUUUAGCUAUCGAAAUAGUAGAAAAACAAGUGUUAACCAAAAGAUAUUCAAAGUUUCCACGACUUGCAUCCUUUGUACACUACAAAUCAAAUCAUAGAAUGUGUAUGAAAAAACAAGUCGUCACUAAUGAAUUAUCAAGGAUUGCUCUCCUCUGUUCUAAAAAAUCGGAUUACCAAAAAGAAAAAAUUGAACUUUUCAAUUUUCUAACGGAAUAUAAAGGAUACCCAAACUAUAUCCUAAAAGAAACCGACUCAAUUAACUGGGAAGACAGAAAAAACAAUCUGCUUCUAAUAAAUUUAAAACGAACAGAAGAAAAACCACUCCCUCCUAUAAUUCUACGAAUACCUUACGACACAAUACUAUUUAAAACAAAGAAUUACUCCAAGAUUUUACAAGAUUCCUAUAAUGAAACUCUAGGACAUCUACAAAUACAAAAGCCAGUCUUAUGUAUAACUAACAUGCCAUCACUAGUCAGAAUCCUUGCCCG